UAAUGAGAAGCUGGGUUUUGAUUGCGGCGUUAGCCGUGAUCUGCCUGGGCGCUGAGCCUGAGCUCAGUCACAAAGAGAGAAUCCGCAAAGUCUUAAAGUCAUGGAACCCGGCCAACAGUAAUCAACUCUUCCACCCAGUCAGUGAACAGAAGAUUCAAUUCGAUGAGCAGUCCGAUCUCUUUGUUGAUACUCAUCAUAUCUCCAAAAGAUCUAUCGCCGAGCCUCAUGUUUUUGCUGGAAUGGCCACCAGAGGAUGUAACAAGCCAGGAUACACAGGAGCCACCUGUCAAUAUCCAUUGUGCUCUGCUCGCAAUCCUUACAUUCCUGAUAACAAGGAUUCUGACGAUAUCUCUAUUGAUGCAACAAAUCUUGCAAACUGCAGUCAAACAUACGUCGUUGUUGUUGAUGAGACCAUGCGGAAUAUCAAAAUUGAGGUCGAAACUGAGUCACCAUUGAAUCCAACUUUCUACCUCCAAUCUGAGAGUGGAGAUCUGAUCUUCCCUGACACUGACAGAAAAACCGUAACUUCCUAUGUGGCAACAUAUGAGACUUUAGCGCCAGGCCAGUAUCUUCUCGGACCAAGAGCUGAUUCUGGAGAUGAAUUUUGUACUAUGAUGAUGACCGCUCAUACCAAUAUUCAAGUUACUGGAGGUUUUACAUCAGGCGAUCAACCAGAGCGCAGCGACUAUCCAACCCUCAAGUUUGCCUAUUUUGACACUGAAUCAGCUGUUGUUCUUCAUGCACAAGGACUACACUUUCCCGGUCAAAUUCAGGCGAUUGGAUUCACUGGCGCCGAGAACCAUAUCUCAAGAUACAUUCCUAUGGCAACUCGCUUCAAUUGUACUUAUCCAUAUAUUUUGGAGAGGUAUACUUGCAGAAAAAUUGGAAAUAACGAUAUUGGGCACAAUUUAUUACAGGUUGAAGGAAUGAGCGAUAACGGAUACGUUUUCCGUCGUAUUCUGCCCUACCAAUGUAUUUUGCCACCAGUGUCUACCACCACUGUCCCUGCUCCAACAACAACCGCUGCUCCAUUGACAACCUGCCAGAACGGAGGUCAAGUUUUGAAGGAUUCCAGUGGUUCACCAUACUGUUACUGUUUUGGACUAUACACCGGACGUGACUGUUCUCAGAUGUUGUGUGCUAAUGGAGGAUUCCUUCCAACUCCCACAAGCGAACAUUGUGAAUGUCCAGAAGGAUUCACCGGUUUCCACUGUCAAAAUAUUGUCUGCCCUGGUGCAUCCGGAAUUGAUUUCAAUGCUGAAAACCCGACUGUUACUCUGGUCAUUCGUUCUAGAAGCCAAUUGUCAGAUGUUAUUCAACAGGCCACAAAUUCAGUUUCAAGAAUUGUCGAUGAACUAUCUGCCGAGCCUGGCUAUCUCACUAAUUUCAUCGUUGUGCUCUUUGAUAACGCCAAGCUUUUGGUAAACCAGAGAUAUGACUCAUGGGAUGCCGCUAUGGUUGAUCUACUUAAAGCGAUUAACUCUGCCCCAUCCGACGGUGGAUGUGAUGAUGUUGUUUUCUCUGCUGUUGCAUCUGCUCUUUCUCUUUAUCCAACUAACAAAUCACCAAUCUAUGUAAUCACUGAUGCCAAUCCAAAUGAUAGCACUGAGAAGCAAACAAUUGUACACUUGGAAUCUUAUUGGAGAGCACCAGUCUACUUCAUUUACGUGCAACCAGCAAUUGGAAGUGGCUGCAAUACUUCACCCGAUAGUGCUGGGUACAGAGAUAUGGUCGAUAUGGCUGCGAUGUCCAGCGGAAACACGUUCUACUUUAACAACAGAACCACUAUCUCCAACUUCUUCUACGUUCAUAUGUACAACACGUUGUUCCGCUCUCAACUUGCUCUAUCUGGAGAUUACUCUCACUGUGCUAAUCAAAACAUCUACAAAUCGGUUGCAGUUGACGUGACUGCUGAUCAAGUUGUCGUUGUUGCUACAGGAUCUAACUUGAAACUUCAAGUCACAACCCCAACCGGAGCACACCCUGACUUCUUUGUUGCAUUCAAUGAUGGUGUUAACUACAUUUGGACCUCCAACCAAAUCUUCGCUGGACAAUGGUUCUUCAAUUUGGUUUCCGACUCACCAAACUCUGCGUGUACCUUCAAAGUAUACCAGAAGAAGUAUAACCUUGGUGGAAUGAGCCAAUACAAUCCAGACUAUGACAUUUUCUGGUCUUUCGCAACUACCCUCACUUCUGCAGCCGGAGUUCUCCGCCAACCAGUUGCUGGUUUUGAUGCUUCUCCUGUUUUCCAUGUUUCCAACUACCCCGAAUUCAUUUCUAUGGACCGCGUGCACGCCAAUCUUCAGAUUUAUGCUAUCCGCGACGGAGUUCAAACAGAGGUUUACGGAUCAAGUGGAAUGUACAGAGAUGCUUGUGAAUUCCACUUCUACUUCCCACCAUUCAUCUGUAAUGUCCCCGAUGAAGUUCUUUACUUCAACUUCUUCGCUCGUGAUAACAAUGAUAUGGCUCUCCAACGUGCUGGAACAAUGCUCUGUUCGGCUGUUCAUCCAACACCACCACCACAACAUCAAUGCCAAAACGGAGGAGUUAUGAAUCCAACCAACACGACAUGCUUCUGUACUCCACAAUUUACUGGAACGUACUGCCAGAACAUUGUUUGCUACAACGGAGGAACUGUUAGUGGAGGACAGUGUGUAUGCCCGCCUGGAUACGCAGGUGAAAGCUGUGAGGUGCCAAGAUGUAUUGAAACUGGACCAAAUCCUGAAUUCAUCCGUUACGGAGUUGACAUGGUGUUCGCUGUCGAAAUUACUCAGCAAUCUCUUGCUUCAAUUGUCAUGCUUGACAAUAACUUCCAAGAAAUUCUCCGCGACGUUCAAAUGCAAGAUCGCGGAUGGAUCAGAAACUUUGUACUUGUUGGAUUCAACUCAACAUGGGGUGGACCAAUUGCUCAGUCACCUUCAAAUAAUCUCACGGCUAUCAUUGCCGCAUUGCACAACCUUGCAACCAAUGUUCCAUCAGAUAAUGGUUGUAGCGUCAAACUUUGGGAUGCCUUGAAUCAUGCCAUCUUUGCCAGAGACUUAGUUCCAGGAUCUUUCAUCGAAAUUUUCCAAACAACUCCAGAAUAUGAGCUCGAUCAGCGCUCUCUCGGCUUGUUCUAUGAUAUGUCACGUGCCAUGGAUAUUAGCUUGUACGGAUUUUUGACUGCAAAGCCAACGCUAUUGCCGGCAGGAUUUGUGUGCAAUGCCACUCAAGUUAACUACUAUGUUCUCUUUGGAAUGGUCACCAGUUCUACUGGACAAACAUACAUUUUGCAAGCACUUGAAAUUUCCAACGCUAUUCGGCUCAUCCCAAUUCAGUUCUCUAAUGGACAAGUGACGAUUAAUGGCAACAAUGACUGUAGACAUGAAGAUGGCUUGACCACUUACUUCCCAGUUGAUGCUUACACUCAAACAAUCCAAUUGACCGUUUUCGGUUACGGAACCACAAUUCAAGUAUAUAAUGGAAACGGAGUUCUUGCGGAAGCCCUGGAACUUUUCUAUGAUGAUUACACUGGACAAAGUGUGUAUGAAAUCAGACAGGCUUGCGACAAUGGCUGGGAAUCGUUCGGUCAAUAUUGCGUCAAAUUCCUCACAGUGAAUGAUGAUAUUCUCUCAAUGCCACAAGCUAGAAACUUCUGUGCUUCUGCUGGUGGAUAUCUCGCUGAUGAUCUCGGAGAUGAUAAAAAUAACUUCUACUCUUCAAUUGCUGCAAAUACUCAAUUCUGGAUUGGACUCUUCAAAAACAGUGAUGGACAGUUCUAUUGGGAUCGUGGACAGGGAAUCAACCCGGAUCUUCUCAAUCAACCAAUCACUUACUGGGCAAAUGGCGAGCCAAGUAACGAUCCAACUCGUCAAUGUGUCUAUUUUGAUGGUAGAUCUGGAGAUAAGAGCAAAGUCUGGACUACCGAUACUUGCGCUACCCCAAGACCUUUUAUUUGUCAGAAACAUAGAUAUGAUUCUGACCAUAAACCGAAUACUAUUGGAGAUGCUGAUCUUCCAGCUGGUGAUUGGUACGUCAAAAUUAAAACAAAUCCAACCAAUUCUAACCCACCAUACUGCUCUCUGAGUGUUCGCGUUCAAUCGAGCCUUCAAAUUGUUUCUGGAUUCGCUACGAAAAUUGGAGAUGACAACCCACAGAUUGACCCAAUUCAAGACUUUUCUUCAAACAGACUUAUCACUUAUGUUCACUCCGUUGACAACGAGAAUCGUGUACCAAUUAUGACUGACGCUAUUCUUUGGGACUUCUACAACGGAACCUUCUACAAUGGCUUGAAAUACCAAGCAAGAUUUGGAUGUCAAUAUGGCUGGGUAUCACAAGAUUUCCCAUGUCCAAACAGUGAUAACCAAAACAAUGAAUUCGGUGUGCUUCAUGUUGGAGAGGAUGAGUUCGGAAACACCUUCCAACGUUUAACAUUCGGACACUGCUCCCCAGCUACAAUCGUUUGCGGAAAUGGAGGUAUCAGACAAAAUGGACAAUGUAUCUGUACUGACUACUGGACUGGAUCUCGUUGUACCGUCCCAAUUUGUGUGAACGGUGGAACUAAAAACUCUGAUGAAGCCACUUGCACAUGCCCAGAUGGAUAUGCCGGAUUAAAUUGUCAAUUUGAGGUUUGCCAACCAAAGGUUCCACAAAUUUUCACCGAUGACACUAAGACAUUGUUGUUUGUUGUUGAAACAACUAGACAAAACUCUGACACUGUCAACCAGCUCAUUGCCAAUCUUAAGAACAUUGUCACAUCUGCCACCAACUUUGCUCCAUUCUGGUUCUCGUACUUCGGACUUGUCACAUUUGAUACCACUGGAAGAACAUUCGAGAAGUACAACUACACCACUAUCGAUGCUUUGAUUACCGACUUGACAGCUCAAUCAACCGCAAUCUCAACUGACGGAGCUUGCAGCAUGCCAUAUUUAGGAGUUCUCGCACAUCUCCUGGAGCACGAUAAUGUGAUUUCCAUUCCAAACAGUGAGAUUUUCCUAGUUACAGCUGCUGGCCCAAGUGAUCUCAACAAAUACGGAGAAGCUAUGAAUUCGCUGUUCAACACCGAAGCCCAUCUUCACUACAUUGUCUCAAAGUCUGCAAACUGCCCAACAUUCGAGGGUGUCAACAAUGUCCAAGAUAUGACAUGGCUUGGAUAUGGAUCCAGUGGAAACAUUUUGUUUACUGAUAGCUCCAAUAUCGUCUCUCUCAUGAAUUCAUAUCUGCCAUCCUUGUAUGGAGCAUCAAUUCUUCAAGAUCCUACCGGACCCGCAAAUUAUUCGUGCACUGAUGGAUCUCUUCCAUGGUUUGUGCCGGUUGAUAGCAACACAACGUUUAUCUAUGUCACCACUUCCUCUGAAUUUGGUUCCCUUUCUGUUAAGGAUCCACUCGGACAAGCUCACAAUGUUGCUCCAGCAUAUAAUGUGAAUAGCCAGAAGUUCUACAAGAUUGAGGUCGACAGACUCGGAGGUAUCUGGACUCUUCAGCUUGUUCAACCACCAGGCCUUUGUCUUGCGCACAUCUACUCAACUGGAGGAGCUCGAGUCUACACCAAAUUCUCUCUUCCGAACCCUGUCGGAGGAAAGGAAGAUCCACUUGGAGCUCAUCAAGAUGGAAGAUUCGUACAGCCAGUGUCUGGAUUCGACAAUGUCGCCGUUUUCCAUAUCGCUGGUAAACCAAUGCAGAGAGGACAAUUGCAAUACGUCGAAAUCUUUGAUAUCGGACAGGUUACAGUCACUAACGUCCUGAGAUCUGAACUCUACAGACGUGAAGGUUGCUCAUACGAAUACUACUCUGAUUUGUUCACAUGCAGUGGCGAUAUGAUUGCGGUGUUCAUUCAUGGAGUUGAUGAGUAUAAUCAAAAGUUCAGAAGACAACAAAUUGUUGUUUGUAAUGGACGCAAUCCGACCACAGGGCAGCCUAUGACUGGAACAAUGGUUCCUGUUACUGGAUCAAUGGCUCCAGUUACGCAGGCUACUCAACAAACCCAAGGCCCGGUCACGCAACAGACUCAAGGUCCAAUAACUCAAGCAACUCAGCCACCACAAACUGUUCAAACCCAGGCACCAGUAACACCGACCCAAAAUCCACAAACUGGUCUUCAAUUUGAUAUUGUCUUCUUGAUUGAUGGAUCUCAAGCGGCCCAGCAAAAUUUUGAUUCGUUCACGAAGUUCAUUCAAACCAUGAUGGUUUCGUUUGAUGUUGGAAUCGCCGGUGCUCAUGUUGGAUUAGUCGUCGUCGCAGCAGAUCUUAAUGAUCAAGCGCCACCAGUUGCCAACUUGAACGCAAUCACUUCACAACAAAUGUUGAUAUCUUACCUGAAUGGACUUAAAGACGGCUACACCGACUUUGAUGAUGCAGGACAAGUUCUCACUUACAAUCUCCAAGUUGUGUCGUCUACAGAUUACAUGGCCGCAACUGCUGGCUACCGUGCUGGUAUCAGUAACCACGUUAUUGUCUACAUCACUUCAACCACCUCCUUCUUCACGGAUCCAACACCAUCAGCUAAAACGAUUAUUGCUCAAAAGAAAUAUGGAAUAAUCACAGUUGGAUACGGAGGCGCAGUUGACACCGGAAAGUUGCAGACCAUCUCUGGUGGAAGCGCUUGCUCGUUCACCGCUACUGACUUCACAACACUGAACAACCAAAUUAAGCCAAUUCAACAACUUAUUACAGCCGCUAGCACCAAUGGAGGAAACUACUGUAAGAGCACUUAAUGGACAUUUGUUAAAUGAUAUUCUCGUAAAUAAACGUUUCAAUUUUCAAA